CAUUUCCAGCAUUGGGUGCGUCCGCCCAGCCUAGCGAGGCCGGAGGGGUGAUAACUCUCAGGAACAAGACAGUUCAUGUGAGAUAAGAAAGAAGAGGCCGCAAGAGUGAGGAUGCAGUGUCAGUUUACAGACCUCUAACCAGAGGCCUCCCUCCAGAGUGUCAGGGCAGAGAGAAAUAACGAAACAAAAGAUUUCCCAAGAGCAUCAGAAAAUGAUCGAAUCACAGAUAUCAUUUGAGGAUGUGGCUGUGGAUUUCACAUGGGAGGAAUGGCAGCUUCUUAAUCCUACCCAAAAAAACCUGUAUAGAGAUGUUAUGCUGGAGAACUAUAGCCAUCUAAUUUUCUUGGGUUAUCAAAUUAUCAAACCUGCUGGGAUUUUUAAACUGGAGCAAGAAGAGGCAUGGAUAAUGGAUGAAGAAAUCUUGAGUCAAAACUUUUCAGAAGUCUGGCUAGAUAACAAAUGCAAAAUGCUGCACCAAGAUGAUCAAGACACACUUAAAAGUAUGGAGAGUGAUUGUGAAUAUGAUGUUUUGGGGAGAAUAUUUAAUUCGAGCAUGAACUUUGUUCAUUUAGGAAUAAGAUCUCAUAAAUGUGGCACAGGUGAAAAAUGUUUAAAACAUCCUUUUGAUGUUCUUAUUUCAAAAAAUAACUGUGAAAGAAGGAAACUUGACGAGCUCAAUAAGAAAAUAUCAUGUUAUAUUAAAUCUGACAGAACUCAUGGUGGAGUAAAAUACUGUAAUUGCAGGAAAUGUAGAAAAGCCAGUGGUAAAGAGUCAUGGCUUAUAAUGAAUCAUAUAACACAUACAGGAGUCUAUUUGUGCAUGGAGUGUGGCAAAGUUUUUAACAAGAAAUCACAGCUUGUUAUACACCAAAGAACUCAUACAGGAGAGAAGCCCUAUCAGUGCAAUGAAUGUGGAAAAGCCUUCUCACAGAAGUCAUUGCUCACUAUUCAUCAACGGACUCAUUCAGGAGAAAAACCAUAUGGGUGUGGUGAAUGUCAAAGAGCUUUUAGUAGGAGGUCGUUGCUCAUUUUACAUCAGAGAACUCAUACUGGAGAGAAGCCCUAUGCAUGCAGUGAAUGUGGAAAAGCUUUCAGCAGAAAGUCACAGCUUAAAAGACAUCAGAUAACCCAUACAAUAGAGAAACCUUAUUGUUGCAGUGAGUGUGGGAAAGCUUUCUCCCAGAAAUUAAAGCUCAUUACCCAUCAAAGAACACAUACAGGAGAGAAACCCUGUCAAUGUAGUGAUUGUGGAAAGGCCUUUUUUUGGAAGUCACAGCUUAUUACUCAUCAGAGGACCCAUACAGGGAAGAAACCUUAUGCAUGUAGCGAAUGUAAAAAAGCCUUCAGUAGAAACUCACUUCUCAUUAGGCAUCAGAGGAUUCAUACAGGUGAGAAACCUUAUGAGUGCAAUGAAUGUGGUGAAGCCUUCAUCAGAAAACCACAGCUUAUUAAGCAUCAGGUAACUCAUACAGGAGAGAAAAAUUAUCAGUGCAGUGAUUGUGAUGCAGCCUUCUUUAAGAAGUCAGAGUUAAUGAGACAUCAGAAAAUUCAUUUAGGAGAGAAACCCUAUGGAUGUGUUGAAUGUGGAAAAACCUUCUUUGGGAAGUCUCAACUCCUAACACAUCAGAGAACUCACACUGGGGAGAAACCUUAUGAAUGCAGUGAAUGUGGGAGAGCUUUCACCCAGAAGUCAAGCUUGAUAUCACAUCAGAGAACACAUACAGGGGAGAAACCCUAUGAGUGCAGUGAAUGCAGGAAGACCUUCAGUGAGAAGUCAAGUCUCAUUCAUCAUCAGAGAACCCAUACUGGAGAAAAGCCCUUUGAAUGUAGUGAAUGUAGGAAAGCCUUUGCCUGGAAGCCACAGCUCCUCAGGCAUCAGAGAAUCCAUACAGGGGAGAAACCCUAUGAGUGCAGUGAAUGUGGGAAAGCAUUUGUUCAGAAAGUACAGCUCAUUAAGCAUCAGAGAAACCAUACAGGUGAGAAAACUUACAGAUGCAGUGAUUGUGCAAAAGCUUUCUUUGAGAAGGCACAGCUCAUUAUACAUCAGAGAGUUCAUACAGGAGAGAGGCCCUAUAAAUGUGGUGAAUGUGGAAAGUCUUUCACUAGAAAGUCACACCUUAUGAGGCAUCAGAGAAUUCACACAGGAGAUAAGUACUAUGGGUGCAGUGAAUGUGGGACCGCCUUCAACAGGAAGUCACAGCUUAUGAUACAUCAGAGAAAUCAUAUAAUAUAGAAACCAUGGCUCGGUGCCUGUAGCUCAACCAGCUAAGGCACCAA